UUAUUAUUAAGUUUACAUUAAAAAUAUGUGUUCUAUCGAAGAAAAAAUAUCUGAAUAUGGCCAAAAACGAGACACUAAUGCUCUUCAUCAACUUAUAUCAACAAUCAACGAAGACGAAUUAAUUAAUCUGGUUAAAAGGAAAAUAAAUAAUGCAUGCUUUAUUGAUACUUGGACAUACAUACUUCAGUCUUUUACAAAUAAUACAAAAUGUCAUAAUAAAAGGUAUAAAAUGAUUCAAGCUACUCUGAAAGAAUUGGAAGAGAAUAAUGUGACAAACACUAGUAGUAAUGCCAUAAUUAAUCGAUUAUGCAUAGAACUUCCAAAGUUUAAAUCAGAACAUUUGGCUGAACUCUGUACAUUUUGUCUAGAAUGCAUACAGUUGAGGAAAACUAUAAAGAUGACAUGGAAGGAUCUGCUACCUGAAUUGUUAAAUAUAAUAGUUGAAAGGGAUCGAUUUGAUUUUAAUGACAAUGAAUAUACUGGAGCAGAAUAUAAAUCAGACUUUAUAAACUCUUUAUGUAUGUCAACUUGGUCGCCUAGUAUUGUUACAUCUUUAAUGGCAGUGUUCAUAGAUAUGCCCUUAACAAAAGAAGAACAUUUAAAAGUUGUGAACAAAUUGGGAAGUUUUAUAGAAAAAAUGACUCCACAAGAAAUUCCUGCAUUUAUACAUCAACUCCUAAGAUUAUGUAAACAGUACAAUGGAAAGUCUAUAUUUAUAAGACUUCAAAGUUACUUUGGAUUGCGCAUAUAUAAUAAUGCGAAUUUAAAUUCUGAUAGCUCAGAAUCCAACGAUUUUGAUGCUAUCGAGAGUACUAAUAAUCAGGAUACGAUAGAAGCAGAAAGUACUGUAUUAUAUCAUAUCCAUGCUGCUGCAUCUUUAGGGCAUGAGUGCAUUAAGGAAUACUUAUCAUCUUUAAAAAAUAUUGUAAAAUCACCAGAGUUUGUACUACAUCCGUUCCAGCUUAUGACUCUCUUCACAAUAUCUACCAUUCCACAUUAUGAAGAAACAGUGUUCGACAUCGUCCGACAAAGUAUCGUUAGAUAUUAUAACGAAGAACAAAAGAAACUUAACUCCUGCUGGUUUCGGGAUAUGGUGCCAACGAUGAAUAAACUAGAGGAAGUUUUUGGACAAGUUGUUCAUUUCAGUUUUGAAGAUAGAGAUUUGGUUCUGCAAGCACUUGUAGGUUUUGGAUUUACCUUGCUCGGUGUUGGAUCUGCUUUAGGUAGAGACCCUAUAGCCGAGAAACAGUGGACAUUAGGGAAUAUUAUAUUGCUGAAGAUUAUUAAAAGAAAAAGACAAAUUGCUGCUGUUAUAAUACAAUCUCUUUGUAACCACAUAGUAACAAGACAAGCUGUUUCACAAUAUAUUGAAUUAUUAUACCUCUUAAGUAGAACUUUGCCAUUACUAAUGUUGGAAAAUCAGAGUUGCGUUGUGGAGUUGAUGGAGAGCCUAGGGCAAAUUCCAGGCAGUACUGCAAAUCAGUUACUGGAUGCUCUUAUUCCUUUAACAAAGGUUUCCCCAACACUUCGUGACCAUCUCAUAAUAUUAUUAAGGAAAGCAUUAUAUUCAAGGGUUACAGAAACAAGGCAAAUGGCAGUAAGUGGCUUCCUAAAGCUAUUGACAAAUUUGAAAAUAUCUAACAUGGCUGUUCUGAGUCAGUCGAGUAAUAGCACAGGUUCAUUUUCUUCCGGGCACUCGCUGCUUACUCAGAUAUCGAUGAAUAGAACUACACAGUCUAUAGGAUCUAGUACGUUCAGCAACGAGGCAUUGUGCUUAGAAGUGUUGAGCAUUUUAAAGCGGUGUUUUAUGCAACAAGUUGAAGUACGAGCCCAACUAUAUGAAGGGCUAUAUGAUGCAGUUUGCAUGAAUCCAGAAUUGGGUGUCCCUAUUUUGGAUUUGAUCUGGUUUCAUUUUAAAGAUUAUUAUGUUAUGGAUGAAGAUGUUCUGCCUCCUCUGAAUUUCAAUAAAAUUGCCGUGACAAGAGAAAUGGAAUCUGCGUUACAGGAACCGUUGGGGAAAUUAGUAUACUGUACAGGACUAAUUGUCACAAAAGUAUCAGAGUCAGAGGAGGAUAAAGAAAAUAGCACCGUUAUUAAAUUUAUCAAUAUUUUAGAUUCUUUGUGUAAGAGAAUGAUAAAUUGUGAAUUAAUUCAUUUGGAAUUGGAUAAUGGGACAGAUUUAUUGGACAUCAUUCCAGAAUCUCAAGAAAAAGUUCACAUUCUAAAGGAGGCGAUGACUGUGUAUGAAGCAUUGAUUGGUUAUAAAAUAUGUUCCUGGAAUAAACAGUCUGAAAAUCAUGGACAAACCAUUAACAGCUUGUUUCAGGGUUACAACAGAUUGCUCCAUUUUGCGAAGACCUUGGCAAAACCAAAAAAGGGGGAUGCCAAAAAGAAGAAACUUGACAAAACAACACAGCAAACACAAUCUGACGCAACGCUGAAGAAAGACAAACAGAAAUCGUCAAAACAACUUAAGAUUCCCGAUACUGUAUUCAAUUUUCAAGUUAUUAAAAGGGCUUUGAUACUAUUGCACGAGCCCGUUAUUGAGUGGGUAACAAACGUUCAUGUUGUGACAAUCAAAACCAAAUGCGAUCUGCACCAACACGUCAUGCAAGCUACAAUUUUUCUAGUUCAAAAUGUUAGGCGAUUCAAGGGAAUUGAUGCACGUUAUAAAAAAGCGUAUUACGAUUACAUUACUGAUAUCUCUAGUGUGAUAUUUUUAAGAAUUAUCAAGAGACUGAAUGAAUUUGUCGACUUUGACUGUACCACGGCAGUUUUGGCGAUGGAAUGUUUUCAUAUAAUUUUGACCCUAAUAACCAAUCAAUAUAAAAGUAACCUGAAGUCAUUUUUGAAUAAAGUAGCUGGAGAAGAAAAGAGUUUUGUGGCUCAGUUGACAACGUUUGUUGAACUGUAUCAAAAAUUAUUUGAAACUGAUGAAGAAGAUAUCAGCCAUGAUCCCGAAGUAAAGAAAUUAUCGCUUACCGUUAUAAGCACUCUCAGCACACUCGCUGGUCAAAUACCUAGUGACAGUAAUGCCUUAUCUAUUCAGAUGUGCGAAUGGUUGAAAAAAAUUGCUUGUCAAAACACUGUUCCUAGUAAAGUUUCAAGUAGUUUUGUAAAUCUGCUAUUUGAAAUGCACAUAAAAUAUAAAGUUAGUUUGACAAUUUUUGAACAUAUUUCUGUCAGCAUUGGAGACAUCACUGGUGUUUUAUUAACUCAGGAAGACCAUGACGAAAAUUUUACACUGAUAAAUGAAGGAACUGUACAUGGUAUACUUUUAUCAUUGUGUAAUUAUAUUAAGGCAAUAUUGGAGGACACUGAUGCUGUAAUAGCACGUUUAAAAUCAGAGUAUAAUAUUUUGAUAUAUCCUGGUGUAGAAAAUGUUGAAAAAAAAAUGGAAAACUUGAGAAGGAAGGAACUGGGUGUUUGUUGUCAGCUUUGCUUCGUCGUUACCGUCUUAACAAAUUUAAGUAAUCUAGCUAUCGAGUCGGGAAAUGAAUCGGAAGCUGUUUUUAAAAACGACAUGCUUUUAUUUUCCACACUAAGUUCACUUACCAAACAUUUUGGAGUGAGAUCUUCAAAAGCAAAUUUGGCUUUUCAAAGAGCAAGAUUUGAGAGGUUGGUAAAACUAGCCGGCAAACAGUUAGCACCUGCGGUGUAUAAAUUUAUCUUACAUAUAGAUGAAAAUCAAAGAAAAAAGGUGCAACCAACUCAAAAGAAGAAAAAUAUCGAAUCAAGCACAUUGAAAAGUAGAGUUCUCAGGGAGACUAGACUCAUUCCGAAAGUUAUAUACGAAAUAGAACAGUUCAGUAAAACUAUCUUCCAGUUGUCAAAUAAAACAAAAGUGGAUUUAGCAAAAUAUAUCGGACAGGGGAUUUCAAGAGAUUUCAGAAUAUCAGAAAAAGAGCUGAAACAAGCUUUGGAGGGUGGCGGUAAUCCAGAUGUAACAGUUAGUACUCAGUCUACAAGAACAGAUGUAAGCGAAGAGGAAAAUAAUGAAGAUGAUGUCCGUGACACUAAUGACAAGGAAGAACAGCCUCCCCCUAAAAAAAAAUCCAGAACUUAACUUUUAUUAAAAAUUAAAUCUGUUACA